ACAGUCAAUAUAUGAACAAGUGCCCCGUCCGCAAAGUGGGUCUGAGCUCAGCAAGGGCAGACUGGUGACCAAAGGCUGCUGCGCUGCCCGCUGCGAGAAGCAUCUGCUCGGAAAGAUUCAACAGUGAUCCUUCUCUAGAGUCAUUGGACAUGGCAGGAAAAGGAGGUUCCGUGAAAGCUGCCCUAGGAUUCAAUGCAGCUGAAGAUGCCCAGAAACUGAGGAAGGCCAUGAAAGGACUUGGUACAGAUGAAGAUGCCAUCAUUGAUGUACUCGCCCACCGUAGUGUGUCACAGCGCCAGGAAAUAAAAAUAGCCUAUAAGUCAACCAUUGGCAGGGAUUUGGUCGAUGACUUGAAGUCGGAACUGAGUGGGAACUUCGAGAAAGUGAUUGUGGGAAUGAUGAUGCCUACUGUUAUGUAUGACGUGACUGAGCUGAGAAAAGCUAUGAAGGGUGCUGGCACAGAUGAGGGCUGCUUAAUUGAGAUUUUGGCUUCCCGGACUCCAGAGGAGAUCCGAUGGAUCAACAGUACUUACCAGCAACAAUAUGGAAGAACUCUUGAAGAUGACAUUUGCUCUGACACUUCUUUCAUGUUCCAGAGAGUACUCGUGUCUCUUUCAGCAGGGGGGAGAGAUGAAGGAAAUUACCUAGAUGAUAACCUUGUGAAGCAGGAUGCUAAGGACCUGUAUGAGGCUGGUGAGAAGAAGUGGGGAACCGAUGAGGUGAAAUUCCUGUCCAUUCUCUGUUCUCGGAACCGAAAUCACCUACUUCACGUGUUUGAUGAAUACAAGAGGAUUUCCCAAAAGGAUAUCGAGCACAGCAUCAAAUCCGAGACAUCGGGCCACUUUGAAGAUGCUUUACUGGCAAUAGUAAAAUGCAUGAGGAAUAAAUCUGCAUAUUUUGCUGAAAGGCUCUACAAAUCAAUGAAGGGCUUAGGUACUGAUGAUGAUACUCUCAUCAGAGUGAUGGUUUCCCGUUCAGAGAUUGACAUGUUGGACAUAAGGGAGAAUUUCCGGAGGCUCUAUGGGAAGUCUCUAUAUUCUUUCAUCAAGGAUGACACAUCAGGAGAUUACAGGAAAGUUCUGCUCAUACUCUGUGGAGGCGAUGAUUAAUAUUCAUUCUACACUGGAUUGAAAUGAUUCAAGAGCCUGAGAUUUGGGCUGGUUUUAUUAUGAUUUGGCUUCAUUUUUCUAUAAGGCUGUUUAACAUUUGCGUAAAAUACUUGUUGUCAAUUAAAAACACUGUAGUUAUUUUUAAUAUGAAUUAUCAGCUAUUGCUCAGCUUUUUUUGAUGCUUUUAGAACUAGAUUUUCUUAUUUUUAAGUUCAUUAACUCAGAAGAAACUUUCAAAAGAUUUUUUCCUCAAUGCUAUUUCUAGAGAAAUGAGGACAUUCAAUAUUACUUUUAUUAAAAAAUGUUUCAUCGAUGACUUUUUUGUUUUUUACAACACCAAAUGAAUGGUGAUGAAAUUGUUUAAAUUUUCCUGUGGGUGGUGGUUGUCCAUGCAAAAGAAGAUCGGAGGCUUCAUAGACAGUCGGUUUUUCUAUAACUUCACAUCACCUCCCACUCACAACCCUCAGCCCCAUCCCUAAAUCCCACUGCUUUACCUCACUGACAACUUUUUGAUUUGAGGGUCAUGCUAUCAUCUUGGCAAGAAAACCCACCAUUUUAUCUCUUCACAUAACUAUAGAAAGAAAAUAUCCACAUUUCUGCUCCUGCUCAUGUGGUAGGGUUGGAUCUAGCAAUAUCAGAUCUGAGGGCCAGGGAUGGUUGCUCCCGCCUGUAAUCCUGGAUACUAGGGGAGGCUGAGGCUGGUGGAUCCCUUGAGCUAGGGAGUUUUUAGCUACAGUAGAGCUAAAGCUGAUUAGGUGUCUGCAUUAAGUCUGGCAACAGUAUGGCAGGUAGGAAGAAGAGGAUGAAACCAGCCCAGGUCAGAAACAUCAGGUCAAAGCUUCCCUGCCAGUCAGCAGUGGGGCUGGGCCCAUGAGUGGCCAUUGCACUUCCAAACUGGGAAAGAUAGGAAAAGACAGAUUUAAAAAAAAAAUCUGAUCUAUUGUGUUUAGUUUCAAAAGUUCAAUUUCAAAUGUAUUUAGUUUGGGAAACUUUCAAUCCAGCAACAAUAGCAUCACAAAUAAAAAUCGUUCACCUCUAGAGUUGUCCACAAAUUUUUUAAAAAGCUGCUUGUCUCUGAGGAUACCCUGAAUAACCCAAAUGCUUCUGUCUAUCACUUUGUUCUGGAAUUAGAAACAAAUGACUAAUGUUCCGCAGGAUGAUGGUUAUUGUUUUAUGCCUUGCCUAAACCAACAGUGGAUGAAGAUGUUUUGCAAAUGUCAACCUCAGAGCUAUAACCUGUGAUUUCUUUUUGCUGAAAUGUAAAGAUUUGGUAGCAGUGGUGGUAUGGGGGACCAUCUAACCACAAAUGCAGUCUGUACCUUUUUCCCUUAAGGGCUGGGGAGGAAAGUGGGCCUGGGAGACAGCCACCACAGUAAGGGAACCAUGGGGUCAUAGUACUAAAGCAGACCAUGAGGUGCAACACAGGGACCAUAGUCUCUACUGGGGAAGAGGCAUGCUUUCCUAGAUAUUAAUGUCCUGGGGCCAAACCCCAUUUUCUUCACACUAAUUACAACUCCGAUUAAACAAGAUGUGCAGAGAUGGUCCUAUACUUGACUAAUGAGCUAAAUUCUAUUGACAGAGCUGCCUUAUUCUCUCUUUUUAUAAUCUAUAAUAAUCCUCUUUUAUAUAGUGCCUUUGGACUCUAGAACCAGUGCAGAUGUCUAGCUUAGUAAUACAUUUAUGCUUUGGAAUUUUAAUACAGAAAUUAUUUUCAUUUAAAUGUAAUUUAUGGCUUUCCUAUCUAAAUUUAAUAAAGUAUGAUACCUUUAUAA